AGAGAGAGAGAGAGAGAGAGAGAGAGCAGGGCACAGAGAGACUCACAGUAACCUUCAAGGCACCCCCGGCGAAGAGAUGAAGGGAUAUUAAAGUGUUGGAUGGGGGAGGCUGCGCGUGCCACACUGACUUUUAUACCGUGCUCGCGCUUCGACGUGAUGCUGACGGUAGUUUUCCCAAGACUGCGCAUGUAAAAGAGCAGGUGCACACGCGCGCGCGCACACAUGCACACAUUCUCCCUCUCGCUCUGCUCUCUCUCGCUCAUAUUAUUCCCCCUCCUCUCCGCGCACGCAUGCGGGCGGGCGCUGAGGAGAACUUCAGGACAGGACACGCGAGGAGACUGGCGUAAGGGCAGCGUGACAGUGCUGUAAUGUGUAUUUACCGGAUCUUCUGAAAUAUUUCAUCCCGCGCAGGAGGUGACACCCCAGUUGAUUAACGAGCUCGUGCGGCGGGUACGAAGUUGCGUGCGGUUCGCCGUUCCCGCCGACACUGGAUAGGAUGUAGAGGUGCAGGCUCCCGCGAGGAGAAGUAGGGAAGGCGACCGAGGGGGACUGCACGUGUCAGCAGGAAAGUGAGGAGAACCGUGGAUGAGUUAUCCACCGGAGGGGUUGGUUAACCUACAUACCGGGACAGCUUUCUGACCGCUGCCGUGCGGUCUGCUUUGUCAUGGAAGAGAGCAUGGCUCAGACGGGAUGGCGGCUCCUGCUGCUGCUGCUGCUCUGGUUCGACCUGACAGGAGCCAAGGGGGUCAAAGGCAAGAAAGGCCAGAAAGUCAUCUGUCCAUCGGAAUUGUCGGCAGAGGAACUGGCCCAGGUUCCUGCCAACUCCACCAGCAACAUCCUGAACCGUCUUAUGGUCAGCUAUGACCCCCGCAUCCGACCCAACUUCAAAGGAAUACCAGUUGAAGACAAAGUGAACAUUUUCAUCAACAGUUUUGGUUCUAUCCAGGAGACCACCAUGGACUACCGGGUGAAUAUUUUCCUCCGCCAGCGCUGGAACGACCCUCGCCUCCGCCUGCCGGCCGACUUCAAGAGUGAGGCGUUGACGGUGGAUCCCAAAAUGUUCCAGUGUCUUUGGAAGCCCGAUCUGUUCUUCGCCAACGAGAAGAAUGCCAACUUCCACGACGUCACGCAAGACAACAUACUGCUAUUCAUCUUCCGCAACGGAGACGUGCUGAUCAGCAUGAGGCUGUCAGUGACGCUGUCCUGCCCCCUGGACCUCACCUUGUUCCCCAUGGACACCCAAUUCUGCAAAAUGCAGCUGGAGAGCUUUGGUUACACUACCAGCGACCUAGUGUUCAUGUGGCAGUCAGACCCAGUUCAGAUGGAUGAGAUUGCUCUGCCGCAAUUCGACAUCAAACAGGAAGACAUCGAAUACGGCAACUGCACCAAAUUCUACCCCGGCACAGGCUACUACACAUGUGUGGAGGUGAUCUUCAUGCUGCGGAGGCAGGUGGGGUUCUACCUGAUGGGCGUGUACGCGCCCACGCUUCUCAUUGUGGUCCUGUCAUGGCUCUCCUUCUGGAUCAACCCCGAUGCCAGCGCUGCCAGGGUGCCCCUAGGGAUCCUGUCAGUGCUAUCUCUGUCCUCAGAGUCCAUGUCUUUGGCCUCGGAGCUUCCAAAGGUCUCCUACGUUAAAGCCAUAGACGUCUGGCUCAUCACCUGCCUGCUUUUUGGCUUCUCCUCACUAGUGGAGUAUGCUGUAGUGCAGGUGAUGUUGAACAGUCCAAAACGCAUUGAGGAGGAGAAGGCCAAGAUGGCGACCAAGGAGAAAGCCCUGAGAGAGAAGGAGGGCAAAAAGACGCCCUCCAAGACCCCCAACACAGUCAACGGCACGGGAGGAACUCCCAUCCAUGUCAGCACUCUGCAGGUUGUGGAGACCAGGUGUAAGAAGGUGUGUACAUCUAAGUCAGAUCUGCGCUCCAGUGACUUCAGCAUCGUAGGCUCUCUCCCCAGGGACUUUGAGCUGUCCAACUUCGACUGCUACGGCAAGCCCAUCGAGGUCAGCGGCGCGCUCAAAUCACAGGCCAAGAACAACAAGAAGCCAGCGGCCCCCAAGCCUGUCAUCCCUGCUGCAGCCAAACGCAUCGACCUGUAUGCACGAGCUCUGUUCCCCUUCACAUUUCUGUUCUUCAACGUAAUUUACUGGUUUGUGUACCUGUACUCUGGCCCCUAAGUGCAAAAUCAUUCAGAGGGUGAUACAAGCAUGACAUUUUCCAUGUGGUUCACCUUUAGGCUACUUAAUAGGAAAUUCAAGUUAGCCAGACAAAACUUGAAUAUGGCUGCCAUUUUACAAGAUGGACACCGAAUGAUGGCUAGUUGAAGCAAUUCUCAACAUAUAAUAAAAGGAAAAACAUUUAAAAACUCCUUACUUCAAUUCCUACAUAGGGUCAAUUCCUAUGUUUUGAAACAUGGAGAUUAUAUUUUUGCACCAUCCGUGUUUUGUAGGAUGGAAUAAUUCAUAAUUUUUGGAAGGUUCAGUACAUUUUAUGUCUUAGUGGCCUAAUAGAAAGCAUUCUUUUGAAACAUUUGAUUUUGUAUAGUUAAACAUCAGUAUACAGCUUUGAUGUACCUCCUCAAAGUUGCUUCCGUACCUUCACCUUCAUCUAACCAGACAGGGACAUUUUUUCCAAUCACACUGUAUCCAUCCUGAUCUGUACUACAUACAUUGGUGGACAUUUAAUAUCUUCCCUUUCCUCCAGUUGACAAAGACAGCACUUGUUUCAAUCUAUUUUCCCCUUGGACAAAGAUUCUCAAAUGUCAGCCAUAUUCAAGAAAAAAAAUUAUAUACAAUUAAAGGCAGAUGGUUUAACCUUUUACCAUCUUAAUUGUAAACACUUUCUUGUAUGGUUAUUUUUAUAUCAACUAACCCCUUGAUGAGUUCCUGUGCGAUAUUUGGUGCUUGUAUCACAAAGUGAACGACUUCGCCAAACUUUGUACUUAGCUGCCCCACUACUGUGAGGGGUGGGGGGAAGGGGGAGUAGAGAAACUGGG